AUGAUUGACCUCACCCAACUAACCAAGAAUGAAGUACUCAUGGCCUUUUCCUCCUAUGCACCACUUGUUCUUUCAAAAAUGAUGUUUAUGAGUUUUGCCACUGCAUUCUAUAGACUGACAAGAAAGGCUUUUGCCAACCCAGAAGACUGUGCACAUCAUGGCAAAGGAGAAAAUGCCAAGAAGUAUCUUCGAACAGAUGACAGAGUGGAAUGUGUAUGAAGAGCCCACCUGAAUGACCUUGAAAAUAUUGUGUCAUUUGUUGGCAUUGGCCUUCUGUAUUCCUUGAGUGGUCCAGAUCUCUCUACAGCCCUCCUGCACUUCAGACUUUUUGUUGGAGCACGGAUCUACCACACAAUUGCAUAUCUGAUACCCCUUCAGCCAAAUCGAGCUUUUGCUUUUUUUGUUGGAUAUGGAGUUACAUUUUCAAUGGCUUAUAGUUUGCUGAGAGAUAGAUUGUACCUAUAAGGAGAAUCAUAAAACUCAACAUCCAAUUGGCUUUUGUUAAGAAUUCUGUACUUCCAG